AUGGCUUUCCGAUUAGUUAGCCGUCCUGUGGCUCAUGAUUGUCGGUACGAUUCGUUAAGAAAAACAAAGCUAAAUCACCUCCCACCCAGGACUUCCACAACGGAUGAUAUGGAAAUAUCUCCAAAUAGUUCUCCGUUAUCAGAUGGAAGCUCUACAAAACUUCCGCCUGAUAGACGGCUUUCUCCGCAGAAGUCCAACACAAGUCAUUAUUCACCAGGUUCUCUCAGUCUACAACGUCCCAGGGACUACAAAUCAAAAACAACGGCAGUAUCAGGUCAUGAGGUCGGUCAAAAAUCAGAGAAAUCUACGUUAUAUCAGCUAGUGGAUGCUAUCCGGGCUUCCAUAGGUGAUUUGCUUGAACAACCACCUAACUCGUUAUCCUGCGCUUCUGAAAAAUCUAUCAAUGGUUCAGUUUAUAAGUCAUGCAAAAUGUCAGUUCCUUUGGAAAAAAGUCAGGUGACCACUUGCCAGUUUUCCCCAGACAUUACCUCAAAAAAAUGUAAGCGAUCUAAAAUCCAUUUCGAUGGUCAGACAUGUUCACCCACCAAUUCCAGGCAACUGAUUAAAGUGGACAGUCCUGUUGCAUAUCCCGGUUCAAUCAGCGUUGAGUCUCGGAACUGUAAUGUGCAUAAAAGCUUCACAUAUGGUCCUGGUCAGGGUGUAACGAAUAGUACUAAGAUGAUAUAUUCAAUGGGCGAUACAAGGUACGCAGGGACUUCUAAUCACAGUCCAGCUUUUUCGAAUUCUGUCACUUCUCUGACCGAAAACCAUCGCCUUCCUUCCAAUACAACAGAUUCUGUUUGCCGUAAUGUUUCGCACCAAAAUAGUCCAACUGUGAUUUGCAGUCCACAUAAUCCAAACAAUACAACUACAUGUGUUUCAAGUGGAUCACAUAAAACUUGUGUCUCUCUCUCUCAUUAUGAUUUGUCAUCACGCCAAGUAGACAAAAUCAUCGAGAUUUUGGCUGAACAGGCCCAUUGUAAAAGCGCAACUGAAGAACACAAUUUAAGCAAAAGUUCAUCACUUAGUUCUAACAAAUUACCAGAAAAUUUGAAAGGAUCCACGUCACCUGGGCAUUCAGCUCGUGCGCUUAUAUCACAAACCCUUCAAACUAACCACUCAUUGAACAAAGACUCCAUAAAUCCUCACACUCGGUCACAACAUACUCAGCUAAAUGAUCUUGUACAGGUUCUGAAAGCAGCUCUGCAUCACCAUACUUCAAACCAUAUUUCAGGAGAUUGCACAACGCCCGUACAGUCGAAUAACCGUCUCAAUGCUUGUUCACACUUAGAUUCUUCAGAUCUUGUCAGUAAAAAGGGUCUUGAGAACAAAGAUAAUGUCUCCUCUACAACAACUCAUGAUAGCCCCACCGUUUCAUUACAGAGCGGGUCGCGCACAUGUGCCAACAACCGGUUGACUACCGAUUCAUUGCUGUUCAAUAAAGGCAAUUCCGGGCUUGAUGCAUCGGCGUCUCCUGUAUCUGCUUGUAAUUUUUCUAAUGUUAGCAAUUCCGCCAAUACCGUUGAAGAUACAUCGGAUAUUGUCGACAGAAAGGAGAUUACAAAUUUAACCAGUCCUACUUCUGUUUCGCCAUCAGUCCAUUCAAGUCAUUCUACCACCAUGGCGGUUGAUGUCACAAAUAAAAAAGGGUCCUCACCUGCUACGCUAUCAGAAAAUAGUUCCAGCUUAGAAAAAAUUAUAGAUACUCUGAAUAGCUUCGAAAUGAAGUCGUUUUUCGAUCCUGUGUUUAUUUCUAGAUAUCAAGACGAUGCUUUACAACGUCUUGAACAAGAAGUAAGUUGAGCUCUAAUAAGAUUGUCGUCCAUAUUUCCUUCAUUUAUGACGUAGUUUCCGUCAUUCAAUUUGGUAUUUUCGUUUUUAGGCUCAAAUCGAAUCGAAAAAUUUCGAUCGAUUACAAAGCGUUCUCUAUGGUGAACUAUCAGCUGAAUCUAAAAAAUUGCGAGCGUUAGUACGAAUAAGUGAAGCAAAACUUGCAAUUCACAGAGAGAAACAAACAUCAUUACAAGAGCUAAUGGACGCAAUUGAAGUGCGAAAACAUCUGCCUAAUCUGUCUUUCGUAGAUGAUGUAUUGUAGAUAAUCCAAACUUCUGUUACAUACUUUACCCGUGUGAUAAUGUUGGUUUUUCUGGAUCCUGCUCAUUGAGCCAAGAACCUGUCCAGCUUCAUGGUGGCUGUUCUAACACUGUACUUUCCAAGUCUCGAUAACUGGACAUCCAAUUCGCAUUAUACUUGAACCGUGACCUUA